CUGUAGGGGCCUCUUUUGUGCCAUUUUUCCAGCAGGGUUUGCGUUUCUAAUUGCAAAGCUCUCGAUUUCUGGCUUCUCAUAUCCUACGCUCCAAAGCGUGUUACGCUCGUUAUAGUUCAUCUCUAAAAUCAGCCUCAAGCUCAAAAGAACAACAGCAUUUAACACUCCAUUACUUCACCAACUCAUGUGGGAUGUCUCUAGAAAUGGCCACUUCAGCCUGCAAGUUUGUAAAAAUUAAGAGCACCGAUAAAGCGGAUUUGGUUCUUCAACUCUUAAGAGCUAAAGGAUUUACUCAAUCUCAAAUUGCUUGCUUAAUUUCAAGGCAACCACAUUUUAUUCUAUACGAUCCCCAUAAAAACCUUAAACCCAAGAUUGAAUACUUUGAGUCACUGGGUUUUGUAGCUCCGUUGCUGCCCAAGAUGCUAUAUGGAGACCCAAGGAUUCUAGCAACUAGUUUAAAGAAUCGGAUUUUACCAAAUAUUGAUUUCCUUAGGGGGUUUCUUGAGACCGAGGAGAAUUUUAUAUUGUCCUUGAAGCAAUGCUUUAGUGUACUUAGGUUGGAUACUGCAUUGAUGAUGUCUAAAAUAUGCACUUUGUGUGCUUUUGGUGUGCCAGAACCCAAUAUUAGGAGGCUAAUAGUAUUGCAUCCUCGAUUACUAUGUAUUAGACUUGAUUUCUAUGAAGAAAAGGUUCAAGAACUUAAGGAAAUGGGGAUUGAACCAACGAGUAAGUACUUUGUAACUGCUUUCCGUUCAAUGUCUGCCAUGAGCAACUCCAAAUGGGAAAGGAAGAAAAAGGUCUUGAUGGGCUUUGGCUGGUCAGAAAGAGAUAUUAUUAUGGCAUUCAGAGCACAACCACUAUUCAUGACUACCUCUGAGAAAAAGAUGAAGCAACUAAUGGAGUUCUAUCUGACCAAAGCUUGUUUGCAGCUUUCAGAUCUUGUAAGAUCCCCACAUCUAUUUAUGAUCAGUUUGGAGAGAAAUGCCAUACCAAGAUGCUCUGUUCUGAAAGUGCUGAUCUCUAAGGGAUUAAUUAAGAAGAAUGUGAGUGUUGCUGGGGCAUUGAAUAUGACGAAGAAACAGUUUGAGGACAAGUAUUUUACUUGCUUCAAGGGGGAUUACCCUGAAUUGAUCCAGGCAUUCCAGGUUGAGACAUUUGAAGGAUUUUGUAAUUGGAUAUGAUAGGUGAUAUGAUGAAGGAAGCUUUGAACACAAGAAAUACAUAAGUAACUGCUAUAGGGUUGCAAUAUAGCAGUUAGGCAAUGGUUGGAGCUGUAAAUGCUUCUCCAUUCCUAUGUCAAGUAUUUCCUUAGAUCAGAUUCGUUUACCAUCUUUAACUUCUUAAGCUUGUUCUAACCCCCUCGUGCAAAGUAAAUGUUUAUUGGUGAUAAAAUUUAGGCAAAACUGAUGCUGGCAUAUAUUUUCUGAUGGCCUGGUCUGGGUAAUUUUGUUUGUGAAUCUGAACAGACUUUUGAUUCAUUAUAAGAAAUCAAUUUAGAGAGCAUCAUGUUCAUUUUA